GCUUUCAACCUUUAAUUGUUACACGCAUGAUUGAUAUUAAGCUAGCAUGAAAUCCAUGGACUACACUUGUUCCUUUCAAAAUUAUGAAAACCUUCAAUAGAAAAAGGAACAGAAACUUACAAUUUCUUUUAUAGGAUGAGUAACACUUUUCUUUUAUUUAUCAAAGAAAAAUGCAAAUACAAGAAAAGCAGAGGCUGGACGAAUUUAUUGCAACCCUCAAUGAACAGCAAAAGAAAUCAGUACUUUCAGAAUCAAAGAUCCUUCAAAUCCUUGCUGGUCCUGGAUCAGGAAAGACAAGAGUGUUGACAUGCCGUGUGGCCUAUUUAGUGAUCGAAAAGGGGAUACAUCCAAAGAAUAUUGUCGUCGUUACCUUUACAAAUAAAGCAGCAAAUGAAAUGAGAGAACGACUUGUAAAACUGCUUGGAGAGAUUAAGACAAAACAGUUACUCAUUGGCACAUUCCAUAAAAUCUGUUGUCGGUUACUAAGGAGACAUGCUCAGGUCGUCAACCUUCAACCUGACUUUACGAUCGCUGACAACAGCACAAGUGAGGAUAUCAUCAACAAUAUCAGAAAGGACAAGUCUAUGGAUGGUGUUAUAUCUGAUUUUACCAGACGUGAUAUGAAAGCUGGAGCUAUCUUUGGUUUGAUCAGUAAAGCAAAGAGUGAGGGCAUCAAUGCAAAAGAUUAUGCAAAGAUGAAUGCAACCAAUUUUAAAAGAAGAGAUAUCAGUAUCUUGUAUUUGGAAUAUGAAGCGCAGUUGCAAAAACUAAACCUUGUGGAUUUUGAUAACCUAUUAAUGAAGUGUUGUGAAUUGUUAAGGAAAAAGCCAAAUGUAUUGGAUACCGUGAAAUGUAUUCUGAUAGAUGAGUAUCAAGAUACAAACAUUAUUCAGUAUGACUUGAUCAAGUUGAUGAUGCAGCAAGUUAAUGAAAGAUCAGUGACUAUUGUUGGAGAUCCUGAUCAAUCUAUCUUUGGCUGGAGAAGUGCUGAACCAAAGAACUUUGGCAAGAUGGCCGAGGAAUUUAAAGGAACAGAGGCCAUCAAUAUGGAACAGAAUUAUCGAAGUACGACCACCAUUCUAGAUGCCGCUUUACACAUUAUCAAGCAAGACCCUGGCCGUAUUGAAAAGUCUCUGUUCACUGAUAAUCCUCGUGGUAUUCCCAUCUCUAUCAUCGCAGUGCACGAUCACUUGAAGCAAGCAGAGUUUGUGGCUUCAGAGAUUCGUAAAGUUGUAACAUACUCCAAGGGACUCAUCCAAUAUAAAGAUAUCGCAAUUCUGAUGAGAAUGAAUUAUAUAUCCAAUGAUCUUGAAACAGCAUUUAGAAACCACAAGAUACCCUACGUUGUUGUUGGUGGAGAUAGAUUCUUCAAUCGUAUGGAAGUCAAGGACAUUAUCUCCUAUCUAGAUUUCAUUUAUAAUCCUUCAAACGUCUUAUCAUUUCAACGUAUUAUCAAUGUACCAAAAAGAGGCAUCGGCGCAGUUACUCUGAAAAAGAUACUAGAAAUAGAUGAAUCUCAACCUACACAUUUACUUGGGACGCUUCGAAACAUAAUCAACAGUAAAAGCUUGGGCUUUGGACCUUCUGUUAUCUCUAAACUAACGACAUUUGUCAAAGUUUGUGAGGAAGCUCGCGCUAUGAUUGAGGAUAAGCAAGAAGUAGCUGAUAUACUGCGACAUAUUGUUGAUAGCAUUCAUUACCAAGACUAUUUAAAAAACGAUUUCUUUGCAGACCACGAAGCUAGAUGGGCAAACGUAGGAGAAUUACUCAAUAUUGCCCGAGAAAGACCAGAGCUGACAGAGACGAGUGAUGAUUUUUUGAAUAAUGAUGAUUUGCUCUUAAGUGAAGAAUCUGAUGAUAUCAAUGAAGUGGACAUGACUUUGACUAUUGAAGAAGUCGAGCAGGAGCAUGUUGAACCUGUAGAGGUGUUUGCUGAUGAGGGUGUGGUGAGCACAGAUCCAGUAGCAGACUUCCUUGAGUUCUGUUCACUUUGCUCUAAUCAAAAAGAACAAGAAGAAGCAGAAGGAGGAAAAGUAACCAUUGCGACUAUCCAUGCAUCAAAAGGCUUAGAAUGGCCAUGUGUCUUUAUUGUUACGUGCGUUGAUGGUGUUAUUCCUCACGCAAAAGCUGAUGCAAAUGAAGAAGGACGACUUCUUUAUGUCGGAAUGACACGAUCAAAAUUCUUAUUAUACUGUGUCACACCAAGAUUUAGACAAAACUUUGGUGAUUACGAAGCAAGUGUGAGGAGUCGCUUUUUAGAUGAUAUGGAUAAGAGUCUAUAUGUCACAAGAACACCAGAGUGGGAUAAUAAUGUACGUACCAUGCUAGCAACGACAAUAGGCAAGCCUAUACCUCCUUCUGAUGAUUCUUUGUCGACCAAAAACAAGAGCCAUAAGGCUAAACGAGAUGAGGAUGACUAUUCAUACUCUCAGCCAGUCUACUCAGACAUUCGUUUCGGUAUUAAUGGAAAUAAGGUCGAUCUUUUUUCCCUGGGAGGGUUUUCAUCAGCAAUGAGUCUAGUUGAUUCCCAAUUACCGGCAACUCAAAAGUUUAACUCAAAGAAGAAGGCGACAGCACCAGCUAGCAGCCAACCUAUUAUGUCUUUGUUCCGUAUGAACAAAACGACAGCACCAAAGCGAGAAAGACUUUCCCCGAUGAUAGAAGAUCCUCCAAAUAACCAGAAAAAGGCAAAGAAGGAAGAAAAUGAAGACGAUGCUUUGCUUGCGUGUUUAAAAGAAGAAGAAGACGAUUUCUUUUAAUCUAUAUAUUUGUUUAUAUGCAGUUAUUGUACAGAUAACACAAUUAUGAUAAAGAG